CUUUUCUAAUAUUCGUACGCGGGGUUUUGCCCAAACAGAUUACUUUUACCUCACCGUGGUUGCUUUGGCUUCCAUUGAAUUAGUUGCAGGACGGAACGCUUCCUUCGUUCCUUCCUUCAUUCAGUUGGAUCGAUUGCGGCAGUUCACUCGCUUGUUCCUGGUUGUGAAACGACAGAAGGAAAAGAAAAGUAACAUGGGUGAGAAGAAGAAGAAUAAGAGCAAUAGUAAGGUUGAAGAGGAACCUCAACAACAAGAACAACAGCUGAGUGCUAACAAGAGAAAACGCAAAGAGGUUUUUCCUUACGGAAACUAUAAGGCCUACUAUGGCUAUCGCAUAGGUCAAGGGAUAGAUGAAGAUCCUCGACUUAAAGUGUUUAAGAAAGAAUGGUUUGAAGGCAAGGAUUGUCUUGACAUUGGAUGCAACAGUGGGGUCGUCACGGUCCAGAUCGCCAAGAAGUUUCAUUGCCGGAGCAUCCUUGGAAUUGAUAUUGACUACAACCUAAUUCAGGAUGCGAAGUGGCGUCUUAAGCAAAUUAUGAGGAAGGAGUCUGCUGGGGAGAAUAGUACAAGUGCUUGCAAAUCAGAGGUUGCAACACAAACAAAUUGUUCAGAGUCUAGCGAAAAUGCAUAUUCAAGUGAAGGAACCAAUGAAGGUACUAGUGAUUGUUCACCUUCCAACAAAAAACUAUCUGAUAUUGUAUUCUUCCAAACAGAAGAUUUUAUCCAUCCAGAAAUAAAUGAAAGGAAAGAAAGACCCAGGUCUUUUCUUCAGAAUCGAUGCAUCGCAAAGAAGCAUUAUGAUACCAUUCUUUGUUUGAGUGUAGCAAAAUGGAUUCAUCUAAACUGGGGUGACGAUGGAUUAAUUACCUUAUUUUCAAGAGUUUGGGAGCUUCUUCAUCCGGGUGGUAUUUUUGUGUUUGAACCACAACCAUGGCGAUCGUAUGAAAGUAAUCGACUUGUGUCUGAGACAACAGCAAGGAAUUGUCGUGAUAUUAAGUUCCGGCCAGAUGAUUUUAUGGAAAUUCUUUUGGAUAAGAUUGGGUUUAGAAAGGUGGACGACAUCACUUCUGCAUUGUCAGGAAGCAAAACUGGAUUCAACAGACCAAUUUUUGUGUUCCACAAGUGAGAGUUACUGGUUACUAGUAGUAUAAAACAUGUGUCAUUUUCAAUGGGAGAUCCUGUAGUCUAAUUUAUGAAAGCAAAUAGCAAUUAUACUACAUCAGCGACGUUCUAUGGAAUGUAGGGGUGUCCACAGUCGGGUUUGGUAGUCCUCAUUUGGAAUAACCAAUCAAACGGUCGGUUUUAUUUGACAUCGUUUUUUUGGACAUCUAUAAUGGAAUGCAUAGAUGUGGUUUUAAAUUUUAAUGAAUGCAUAGUUAAACUA